UCAACUGCGUUGAGGCACACCUCAUCACCCGUUUUACGUAAUUCUGUUAUUACGCACAAGUGAUCGAACUGCAUCAUAGCUGGGUAAAACAGUAAAUAUUCGCUCUACUAAUUAGAGUAUUCAAGACCAUUCGUUCCUUCGCAGUUAUUAAGUGAGACUAAAAUAGUAUUUGAGAUAUUCUGAUCCAGAGGAUUUCCAUGGAAUAGUCCCACCUCCGAAUCAACUACUCCCACAACUAAAGCUCCCAAACAAUAAUCGAAAGAUGCCGGCGGUAGGAAUAGACCUGGGUACGACCUACUCCUGCGUGGGAGUGUGGCAGCACGGAAAAGUCGAGAUAAUCGCCAACGAUCAAGGAAAUAGAACGACACCAUCAUACGUGGCCUUCACCGACACAGAGAGAUUGAUCGGCGAUUCUGCCAAGAAUCAAGUUGCCAUGAAUCCCACCAACACAGUGUUCGAUGCCAAACGACUCAUCGGUCGUCGUUACGAUGACGCAAAGGUGCAGCAGGACCUGAAGCACUGGCCAUUUGCAGUGAUAAACGAGGGGGGAAAGCCGAAGAUCCAGGUGGAAUUCAAAGGCGAGAGGAAAGUCUUCGCCCCCGAGGAGAUAAGUUCGAUGAUCCUGAUCAAGAUGAGGGAGACGGCUGAGGCAUUUCUCGGAUCCAAAGUCCGAGACGCCGUGAUAACAGUUCCAGCGUAUUUUAAUGAUUCCCAGCGUCAGGCGACGAAGGACGCGGGGGCCAUCGCAGGACUCAAUGUCCUACGGAUCAUAAACGAACCGACCGCAGCGGCUCUAGCUUACGGUCUCGAUAAGAACCUGAAGGGCGAGAAGAACAUUCUGAUCUUCGACCUGGGGGGCGGCACGUUCGACGUGUCGAUUCUCUCAAUCGACGAGGGAUCGUUGUUCGAAGUGAAAGCAACAGCCGGUGACACCCACCUCGGGGGAGAGGACUUCGACUCGAGACUGGUCCGUCAUUUCGCGCAGGAAUUCGAUCGGAAGUACAAGAAGGACCUGACGAAGAACCCCAGAGCCUUGAGGAGACUCAGGACCGCUGCGGAACGCGCGAAACGAACCCUCUCCUCGAGCACCGAGGCCUCGCUGGAGAUCGACGCGCUCUACGAGGGCAUCGACUUCUACACGAAGAUCUCGAGAGCGCGCUUCGAGGAGCUCUGUUCCGAUCUUUUUCGAGCGACGCUGGAGCCCGUGGAGAAGGCCCUGAACGACGCCAAGAUGGACAAGAAGACCGUCAACGAUAUCGUCCUGGUGGGGGGCUCCACCAGGAUCCCGAAGAUCCAGUCGCUGCUGCAGGGGUUUUUCAACGGAAAACAACUGAAUUUGUCGAUCAAUCCGGAUGAGGCGGUUGCGUACGGAGCUGCUGUCCAGGCGGCGAUUUUGACUGGGGCUGGCAACACCAGUUCUGCUCUUCAGGAUGUUCUUCUGGUCGACGUGGCCCCGCUGUCUCUCGGGAUUGAGACGGCCGGGGGCGUGAUGACGACUCUGAUCGAGCGAAACGCGAGGAUUCCGUGUAAACAGAUGCAGGUCUUCACGACUUAUUCUGAUAAUCAGCCUGGGGUCGCGGUUCAAGUGUUCGAGGGGGAGAGGGCCAUGACGAAGGACAAUAAUCUACUGGGGACCUUCGAGUUGUCUGGGAUUGCGCCCGCCCCCAGAGGAGUCCCCAAGAUCGAAGUGACUUUUGAUCUCGAUGCCAAUGGAAUUCUCCACGUGACGGCCAAAGACACCGGGAGUGGGCGGUCGAGGGAUGUCACUAUCAGGAAUGACAAGGGCCGACUCAGUCGCGCGGAGAUUGACAAGAUGCUGAGGGACGCUGAGAGGUACAGGGAGGAGGACCAGAGGCAGAGGGAACGCGUGGCUACCAAGAAUAAACUUGAGGCUUAUGUUUACUCGGUGAAGCAGGCGGUGGAGGACAGCGGGGGGAGGCUCUCUGAUAGCGACAGGCGGAAGGUUUUGGAGAUGUGCGAGGAUACGGUCAAGUGGCUGGAGGGGAACUCUCUCGCGGAGAGGGAGGAGUGCCAGCACAAGCUGGAGACGCUGCAGGCGCAGUGCUCGCCGAUCAUGGUGAAACUGCAUCGAGCGGCGGAGGGCUCUGGGGGACGCGGGAGUGAUGGGCCUACUAUUGAAGAAGUUGACUGAAGGGAGGGGACGAUUCGAGGAUGUGGUACACAAAAAAAAAUAUUUCGGAGGAUAUUUGCGGGAGACUUUUUGGAAUUUUUGGGAGGUUUUAGAUGCACGGAAAUUUUAAGGAAUUUCGUUGGUCAAAAUUCAAAAUUUUAUGGGAAAUCAAUGAGGACUGGUAAUUUUAGUUUCAUUUUUCGCUGACGAUGAAUAGAAAUCAGGAAAAUUCUAGGAGAUAUAUUUUUAAUUUUUCAAUUGUCUGACAAUUCAGCGUAAUUUGGCAUUGACUGUUCAUCUUCAUUGACUGUUCGGAACUUCAGCAAAUUUUCAGUGAAAUCAGAAAUUUCAUGAUUUUUCCGGCCUAAUUACAUUCAAUGCCACCCUCCUGAAAAUUUUAUUGGUUGACUGUCCAUGAAAUUUCAAUUUUUGAAACUUUGUUCUUAAUUUUUAUUUUUUUGGACUUAGUAUUGAAGUUAAUUGAAGAAAUGGGGAGAUCUGAGGCGGUGGUACGCUGUUGAAAAAAUUUGGACGAUAUUUUCGGGAGACUUUUGGGAAUUCUUUGGCAGGUUUUACAUGCACGGGAAUUUCGAGGAAUUUCGCCGAUCAAAAUUCAAAAUUUCAUGGGGAAAUCAAGAGAAACUCUUAAUUUUAGUUUAAUUAUUUGCUGACAAUUAGUAGAAAUCAGAAGAAUUCUAAUAAAUAUAUUUUAGAUUUUUCAAUUGAUUGACAAUGCAGCGUAAUUUGGCAUUGAAUAUUCAUGUUCAUUGACUAUUCGGAAUGUCAGUGAAUGUUCAGUAAAAUCGGAAAUUUCGUGAUUUUUCCGAAUAAUUUUAAUGAAUUUAAUGAUUCAAUGACUUUAAUGAAUAAUAUUCCACCGAUCCCUCAGAAAAUAAAUAUUCAAAUCGAUUCGAUCAUAAAUCAAAAAAUUGUUUCAGUGCCCUCUUGACCGAGUUCUAAGAUGGUGAAUAUAGCAUUCAUUCUUGAAUGACAGCCUGGAAAUAGCGGUUUUUUACGUCAGACCCUUGUUUAUGCAGCCCACGAUGAUUCAUAGAUUAUGUUAAUCGUCGCCAUCACAAAUCAUGUCCACUCGGAAGCACUUUGAUAAUUUAUUAACAAAAAUAACUAUGCUGAAGCGAAAAAAAGGCAAUUAGCCACUCGUUUUCUUGGACUUUUUAAUGGAAGACGUGAAAAAUAAGUGGGUGAUUGCUUAUGUUUCGUUUCACAACAGCUAGUUUUGCUCGUAAAUUAUCGAUAUUUUUGCGGGAAUUUUUCGUGAGGAUAUCGACUAGAAUAAUCUCUGAAUCAUUAGGAAUAACCGCAUAUGCGCAAGGGUCUAACGUAAGAAAUGCUAUUUCCAUCAUAAUUGAACUGGAUCAAUAGAACAGAUGACAUUUUUUUUCUAAUCACGAUUAAAUGAAUUUAAACAAAUUUUUUUUUUCUGGGGAACGGUCGAUCGUCGAAGAAUGAAUUUUCGGAAAAAUAUGAAUGUCUCGGAAAGUAUAUCACAGAUCAAGUUCCAAUUGAUUUCGAUGGAUAACACUAAUUAAAGACGACAUCCGGAAGAAAAAACAGGAUUUUAUACAUUAGUCAUGGGUAAAUUUAAGAUGACUUAUCAUAUUUCACUACUUCGAUAGUGAUAAUAUAGCUUUGGCUUUCUAAGAAUACAGUAUUUAGUUUCAAUUUGACUGCUUCAAUUCUACUGCUUCUGCUGUUACAAAAUGUGAUUCACUAAGCUAGGUUUGACUGAUGUUUUAUAUUGUUACUUAAUGGAUGAUAAUAAAUCAUGUUUUUAAUAUGAUCAGCAUAAAAA